UGAGUGUUGUAAUGACCAAAACAGCCUCGACCGUCUCCUAUUAUAAAGUCCCUCCUUGUCUUACAUCUUAAUUCCCAGUCCUCAAAACGUCACUGAUACUGUAUUUUUUGCUCUUUUUUUUUUUUGUUCCUCUAGUUUGUUAGAUUUGGAAAUGUUGGGUGUUUUUAGCAGCUCUAUUCUGUCACCGCCAAAAGAGCUGGUGGCAGCCGGAAGCCGGACCCCGUCACCUAAGUUGACGGGGGAGGCUUUGGUGAACCGGUUCAUUAAAACCGAGCCGUCAGCUGUGUCAGUUCAGAUCAACGAUCUUGUCCAACUCGCCUACACUCACAACAAUGAAUCCGCUUUACUGCCAAGGUCAUUUGCUGUUAAGGAUGGAAUAUUUUGCUUGUUUGAGGGAUGUCUUGACAACUUAGGUAGUUUGAGGCAAGAAUAUGGGCUGGCCAAGACUGCAAAUGAGGUGGUAUUGAUGAUUGAAGCAUACAAGGCACUUCGUGAUCGAGCACCUUACCCUCCAAGCCAUGUUGUUAGUCACCUUCAAGGCAAUUUUGCAUUUAUCGUUUUUGACAAAUCCACUUCUACAUUGUUUGUGGCUACUGAUGAAGUGGGUAAGAUACCUCUCUAUUGGGGAAUAACUGCUGAUGGAAAUGUGGCGUUUGCCGAUGAUGCCAAUUUGCUGAAAGGUGCUUGUGGCAAGUCACUUGCUUCUUUUCCUAAAGGUUGUUUCUUCUCUACAGCAGUUGGAGAACUGAGAAGCUAUGAAAAUCCUAAAAACAAGAUCACUGCCGUCCCUGCAACUGAGGAAGAAAUAUGGGGUGCUAAGUUUAUGGUGGAAGCUGUUCUUACAGCCACAAAAUAGAGACAAUUCCCUUUUUUCAGAAGAGAUGAGCAGAUUGAGGGCAUGCAUUAUAAGUAGUAUCCAUGAAAUAAUAAUGUAAAUAAAUGAAUGGGAGUUACUUUGUCCCAAGCUCUUCUAUUUUUCUUCUGCUCUUUCCAAUUGAACCUAUUUGAAUUUAUGUAAAAGACUUUGCCAUUUUAGGCCUUUUCAUGGUUUCAGUAACUUCUUCACCUAAAUAUUACUAGUAAUAAAG